GGAACUUCUUUUGACAGAAUCAAUCGCACUUCUUUAAUAGUUUAGUGAAUUUUUGCCUCUCCGUAAAGUUUAUAUUACUAGUCUUCCUUAUUUAGCCUUGUGUAGCUUCAUCCACUGUCCAGCCCAAUGUAGGAAGACAUGUAUCAGAACCUGACCUGUGCUACGUAGUGGCAGACAGGAUGGAAACUUUACAACAGGCGACUGCAGACCCGAAAAAUGCCGCUGAUCAUAUGCUGAUUGACCAAGACAAUAGUGGCUGUAUAGAUUAUGAAAAUGAUCUCCUUACACAUACGCCUUCAGACAACCGUGAUAUGGACAUCAGCACAAAUUACCAAAUGCGCCAUAAAACAAACGAGAACUAUAUGAUAACAUCAACUAAGCAAGACGAAACUCCGAUAUCGAACGGUACUAAACAACUGACUCCAAUUCAAGAUUCAAAUUACCAGAAUAAGCCAAACUCCCGCCUUGUCAAACCACCUUACUCGUACAUCGCACUCAUAACAAUGGCUAUCCUACAGUCACCUGACAAAAAGUUAACCCUUAGCGGUAUCUGUGAGUUUAUCAAAAACAGGUUUCCAUUUUACCGCGAGAAGUAUCCUAUGUGGCAGAAUAGUAUCCGCCACAAUUUAUCUUUAAACGACUGUUUUAUCAAGAUUCCCCGAGAACCAGGGAACCCUGGCAAGGGUAACUACUGGUCACUUGACCCAGCCAGUGAAGACAUGUUUGAUAACGGCAGUUUUCUCCGCCGACGAAAGCGGUACAAACGCCACCAGCCCGAUCUUUUUAAAGACCCAUGUGCAUUCUUUGCUUCAAUGGAUUCGUAUCGGCACUAUAACGGCCUGUUACAUCCUACCAUAUUGUCGGCGUCCCUCGCUAGCCGAUACCCGUUUCUCUCGCCUUUGCCGCAGCCUGUUCCUCUCUUCACGCCAAGGGAUCUUCCCCGAGCGUCUGUGCCCCCAAUAAAUGUGAACUUCCUAUCAAGCCUGGAAGGGCCGGCACUGAUUUCGGGCUCACUCCCUCUGCGUCUACAGACAACCUCACCAACUAUUAAAGAUAUAGCAACAGCCUGCUUCUGUAACAACGAAAAAUUCAACAACUUCUCAAUCGAAAGCAUAAUUGAACCCAAACAAAAUACUUUAAAACAGCAGAAUGAAUCAUCUAAAAAGUCGAUAAAUAACUUCUUUGUCCCACGACUGACUAGAUCUUGCCAAUGUCCCAGACUAGACAUAGCUACAUUUCGCCAUCUGCCCUCCUGCGGAAACUUUCACGCUCUCUCGACGCUGUCCGCCUGGCCCCGGUGACUUAGGCCUUUGUUUUAAUCAAUUUAUUGUG